AUGGCCAACAAGGAGUGGGAUGCAACUCACAUCCUCAACAUCAAGAUUGAAGCACCAAUAGAUAUCGCCCAUGAUGUCCACCAACAUCAACCUUAUCCCACUAGGGGUGAUAUCCCAACAAUGGUCAGAGGUGACUCUCCAGUCUCUAGCUUGAACAACCCCAACCAUUGUCUGAUUGGUUGUGAAGCCACACCAGGCCCCACCCCUAAACUCAGCACACUCACAAAUCAUCACCUAAAGGUACUUUCUGGAUUGAAUGGCAAGAUGAGAUGGGAUUAA